CUCAUCAUUCACACAUAGAGCUUCAAGACUGCAGAACAUCACACAGAGAAUGAAGGUUUUGCUCACUCUCACCGCUCUUGUGGUCGUGGCUGGUGCAGCCAGUGUCUCUCUGGAGGAUGUGGAGUUCCAUGCCUGGAAACUGAAGUUCGGUAAGAGUUAUGGUUCAGUGGAAGAAGAGUCUCGGCGUAAGAUGAUCUGGCUGGACAAUCGUAAGCUGGUCCAGGAGCACAACAUGCUCGCUGACCAGGGCAUCAAAAGCUAUAGACUUGGCCUAAACCACUUUGCAGACAUGGACAACCAGGAGUUCCAGGCCGGGUUCGGCAGCUGCCUGGGAUCCUUUAACAUGACCAAGGCCCACAGUGCACCUGCACACAUCAGACAGGCAGGGGACGCUAAUCUACCAAAUUCUGUAGAUUGGAGAAACAAGGGCUACGUGACUCAAGUUAAAAACCAAAAUCCUUUGAACUCCUGCUGGGCCUUCAGCGCGGCAGGGGCGCUAGAGGGCCAGAUGUUUCGGAAGACGGGGAGGCUGAUAUCCCUGAGCGAGCAACAGUUGGUCGACUGCUCUGAGGAUUUUAGAAGGAACAGCUAUAAAGGUAGUCUGCCGGACCGGGCCUUUAAGGAUGUCAUCGACAGAAGAGGCCUGCAGGCAGAGAACACCUAUCCAUACGUGGCCAAGGUUGGUCUGUGCCGGUUUAAUCCAUGGUAUGUUGUGGCUACCUGCAGAGGCUACAGAUUCUUGCCCAGAGGAGAUGAAAGGAGUCUUCAGUAUGCUGUAGCUGUAAUCGGACCUAUUUCUGUAGGCGUAAUUGCUUCCGAACCCUCCUUCAGGUUCUAUGAAUCAGGGGUGUAUAAUGAGCCAAACUGCAGAGGCACUGAGCUGAAUCAUGCUGUCCUUGUUGUUGGUUACGGCACUGACCGCAUCAAUGGGGACUACUGGCUGUUAAAGAACAGCUAUGGUGUUCAGUGGGGUGAAAGAGGCUACUACAGAAUAGCCAGGAACAAGAAUAACCAGUGUGGUAUUGGCUUGUAUGCUGUCUACCCUGAGGUUUAAAGAUUGGAGAGAGACAGAACCUGAAAACCCCACGGAGGAGGUUACAGACUGAUCAGAUCAUCAUUUACUUAGCGAUGCAGCAAAA